GAACGAGUUGCUCUGAGCAACCAACAACAAAAGAUACGAAUUAUAAUUUUCAUGGCUAUAUGCAUUUUGCAUUAUACAAAUGCUCAACUGGCAAGAGAUUGGAGUUUCCAACAAAUGUGCAAUUUUUGGGGUGGAGAGCAAACUUAUCAUGCAAGAAAAGAUGGAUUUAAGUCGUUAGAAGGUGACAAGUGUACGUUCAAUUUUCCAAAAGCCUCCGAUAAUCAGAAAUCCGCUCAGCAGUACUGUGAAGACAAUGUUCCCUAUCAUAUCAAUAAUGCAGAAGCAUCGGAAUACAAAACAACCUGUGAAGCAGAAGCAACAUUAAUUUGUAAAAGUGGAUGGGUUCAGAUGUUCGGAAGGUGCUACAAGAUCACCAAGACGAUGAUGACACGUGACAAGGCUGAAAAACAUUGCAAGAAUCAACAGGAUCAGACAUCGACAAUUGCAUUCAUGCACAGAGAAGCAUUGCCUUUUAGAUGGAAUGAUUACUUCACUCGUGUUUCUCGUAUCUGGAUGGAUGCAAGUGAAGUUGUCACUAAUGAUUUGAUCUAUGACGUUGAAGGUGGUAAUGUACUUCUGGCAUUCGAUGGAUACAAAUACAAUCUUCCAAAUGUUGCAAUUGCUCGUGUGUCUAAGGAUGAAACUGCAAUGGUUCUAUGUGAAUACACUCCACCAAUGACAAAAUCAGAGAGCAACUACUUGCUCAGAAGAUAUGGGGAGAUCUAUUAUCCACCUCUUGUCACAUCAGAAGCUGUGUACAUUAGAACAACGAGCAGUCGAAUCAGAAAUGAGGAAGAUAAAUUGGCAGAUCACAAGUAUUGCACAGAGGUCAUGAAACCAGUUUUUCGCGGUGGACGGGCUCAAUCAGCAUCUCCCACUCAGGGGCUGGUGAAAGAGCUUUUCGAACAGCAGGAUGUUGGUAUCAUUCGAACAUCAUCAGUUUCAGCACAUGCCAACGCAAAUGAGAGGAAUAAAUAAAAGUGCUCCGUUCAAGCAAAACCCCACCAUCGUAUUUAUUUGACUGGAAAUAAAGGCGAAGCUGUACCUUUUCCUCUCGAUAAUGCAAUAUGGCGAAAGGGUGAACCAAAUGAGUCUUGCGAUGCAGCAACAUGGAGCUCUGCGGUGGUUUUGAGCCGACGUGAAAACGAAGGCCUCGAAGUUAUGUCUGAUGCUCGAUAUGCUCCAAUUUAUUGUGAACAAAUUGUGAAGGGGUUAUCUUAUACAAAAUGUCCGGAUGGAUUUGUGGAAUACUAUCGGAAGAAUGAAGGAAAAACCUGGUGUCACAAAUAUGUAUGGGAUGAUACCGCGAAUUACGAUAACGCUGAACAAAAAUGUCAACAAUUGGGUGCUCAUUUGUCUUCUUUUACGUCCGAUGAAGAAUUUCAAUUCCUAAAUGAUAUGAUUGCUAAGAGUGAACAACUUCCAAAUACCGAUUAUAUUGAAGUAUUGCUGGGUGCAAGAAGACGAAAGCGUUGUAAUGAUUUAUCAAUUGUGGGUCGUGGAGGGUUCUCUUCGGAUAAAGAAAGUGAAUGUUCUCGUCGUCGAGUCUUUGAAUGGCUUCACGAUGUUGCUGAGAAUCCACCAAAUUUUCUGGAUGCUUAUUGGCCUUCUCCGUAUGAACCAAAUCAUGCUCUUGUGGAUGAAGAAUGCCUAGUUAUGAUGAGUGGGAAAACGAAGUGGUGGAAUGGUAAUGGAACAAGGAAAUUGA